ACUACACGAUUUCAGUUGGAAUUGGAAAAAAUUGGAGACGUAGUGGCCGUACGCAACCCAGAUUCGAAAGUUAAAGGAGAACGAAAUAUAUAUAGCAUAAAAAAUCCGCAAGUUUGACACAGAGGUGACUCCGGUACUCCAUAUCUCGAUCGGCCAUGGCUACUUCCGAUCCCGACAAGUUGAUCGCUAAAGCUGAUAAACUAUUUAAUUCUGCAGGACAAAACUUAGUAUGACGAGAUGGAACGCUGAUUGGAAGAAUGCGACAAGUUUGUAUGAGCAGGCGGCAAUUGCGUACAGGCUUGCAAGAAAACAUGACAAAGCAAAGGAAGCAUUUGAAAAAGCUUCUAAGGGACAAGAGAUGCUCUCUUCCCCUUGGGAUGCUGCAAAACAUAUGGAGUCUGCGGCAGCUCUAGCAAAGGAAGUGGGCAAUUGGAACGAAGUGUCUGACUUCUAUAGACGUGCAUCUGAGUUGUACAUUCAGUGUGGGCGCGCACAGCCUGCAUCAGAUGCGCUUGCAAAGGGUGCUCGUGCUUUAGAAGAUGCCUUGCCUGAUGAAGCUAUUCAGCUUUACACUGAUGCUUGUGCUGUUCUUGAAGACGAUGGAAAGGAACAAAUGGCCUUUGAUCUGUAUCGUGCUGCUACAAGUGUUUAUGUGAAGCUUGAGAAGUAUACAGAUGCUGCAACUUUUCUUUUGAGGUGGGCCUUAGCAGCUGACAAGUGCAAUGCUACUCAUAGCCAGUGCAAGGCUUAUCUUAGCGCAAUUAUUGUGUAUCUUUAUGCGCAUGACUUCCAGCAGGCAGAGAAAUGUUACAAUGAUUGUUGCCAGGUUGAAGCUUUCUUGAACAGUGAUCAAAAUCGUGCUGCUACUAGACUUCUUUCUGCAUAUACUGACGGUGAUGUUGAGGAAAUCAAGCGUGCUGCUCAGUCAAGUAUUAUUUCCAGUCUCGACCACACGAUAAUCAAGCUUGCAAGGAAGUUGCCUACCGGGGAUGUCACUGCAUUCAAGAGGGGUGCAACAGAACAACAAGAAGAUCCAUUGGACGAAGAUGAUCUUACUUAAUCUCCCACAGUGAUGCCAAUAAAUCAGAAAGCUUUGAACUGAAAUUAAAUUUCCUCCAAUCAUAUCACUGUAACUUCAUUACUUGUGUGUGAAUAUUUCCAGAUUCUAUUGUCUUGAGCACAAUUGUGUUUGGUGCUGUCUUGUAUCUCUUAUUGAAUGGAAAAAGAGUUGUGUUCUGUUUUAUGCCGAGCUACCAAUU